CCUAACUUGAAUUCUAUGUCACAUGUAAAUCGGAAUUUAACUCAAUUUUUAUAACAUUACCAGUUACUAGCUAGCGUGUAUAUGUGUGUGUAUGUGUGUGUGUGCGGGGUUCAUCGCGUGUCCUUUAUAUAGCUCCGCCGUAUUUAGGCAACGGAAACGUAGCACGUUCAGUUCCGUGCACUGAACAUAGCCUGGUAACUUGGUAAGACUUGCUGCACCCAGCUCACCGACAUGGCCGAUGAAGAGGGCGCCAAGGAGGGCGACAAGAAAAUCGUGCACACCUAUCCGCUGGUCAAGCACUCGGACAUGCAGGACGAUAUGCGCCAGGAGGUCAUCGACUUGAGCGUCAGUGUGUGCGAGAAAUACUCUUCAAAUUAUGAGCUAGCUGCCAAAACGAUUAAGGAGACAAUGGACAAGAAAUUCGGCAUCUAUUGGCAUGUUGUUGUCGGCGAGGGUUUUGGCUUUGAGGUAUCCUAUGAGACUGAGAAUAUACUCUAUCUAUUCUUUGCCGGCAACUUGGCCGUUGUGCUGUGGAAAUGCUCCUGAAGCGGCGCCAACGAACAAAACAGCUAACAGACGUACCUAGAAACCGAAAACGAAACUAAAAGAAAAUAUAAAAAUUUUUGUAUUACCUAUACAACAUAUAUAU